AUGUCGCUACCCGACGGCGAGCCACAUGUCAACGGUUCAAGCCCACCCUCCACCCCGAAACGUGGCCUAUCACUUACCGAGUACGCCGCAAACCCUACACCGCGAAACGGUCGCAGCACCCCCACCGUCAAAUAUGACGUUCCUCCAGACCUACUACUUCCUAACGGAUACCCGGACUACCUGAGACUGAUAUUGAGCUCACGGGUGUACGAUGUGGUCACAGAGUCUCCAUUAUCACAUGCAGUCAAUCUGUCUAAUCGGCUAGAAUGCAAGGUGUGGCUCAAGCGGGAGGAUCUUCUCCCAGUGUUCUCGUUCAAGCUCCGGGGUGCCUACAACAGGAUGGCAAACCUACCAGACAGCAAGAGAUGGAAAGGCGUCAUUGCUUGCUCCGCCGGCAAUCAUGCUCAAGGAGUAGCAUACUCCGCAAGGCAUCUCAAGCUCCCCGCAACUAUUGUCAUGCCCCAGGGCACGCCGGCUAUCAAGCACAAAAAUGUGAGCAGACUCGGUGGUAACGUGGUGCUACAUGGCCAGGACUUCGACUCGGCUAAGGCGCACUGUCUUGAGUUGGAGAAGCAACAUGGCUUGACGAAUAUUCCGCCCUUUGACGAUCCCUAUGUCAUUGCUGGUCAAGGAACCAUUGGCGUGGAACUCCUCAGGCAGACCUCCAUGCACAAGCUAAAGGCCAUCUUCUGCUGUGUAGGUGGUGGAGGCCUCAUUGCUGGCAUUGGCGCGUACGUCAAGCGGAUAGCUCCCCAUGUCAAGAUCAUCGGCGUCGAGGCCAGCGACGCGAACGCACUGGUGCAGUCAUUGAAAGCAGGCAAACGAGUGAUGCUCGAAGAAGUUGGGUUAUUCGCCGAUGGCGCCGCAGUGAAGACCGUGGGUGAAGAAACGUUCAGGAUAUGCCAAGAGGUGGUGGAUGAAGUUGUACAGGUGAGCACUGACGAGAUUUGUGCGGCAAUCAAGGACGUCUUUGAGGAUACUAGGUCUAUCCUCGAACCUGCCGGAGCCCUCUCGCUGGCUGGCCUGAAGAAGUGGGUAACUCAAAAUCCUUCUGCGGAUACGAGCCGAGAGCUCGUGGCGGUGGCCAGCGGCGCGAACAUGAAUUUCGAUCGCUUGCGCUUUGUCGCAGAGCGUGCGACCUUGGGUGAGCAGAAGGAGGCUCUACUCACUGUGUCCAUCCCGGAGAAGCCUGGCGCGUUCGCGCACCUAGUUGAGGCUGUCCUCCCACAAGCUGUUACCGAAUUCAGCUACAGAUAUGCUACCUCCUCCCAAGCCAACGUCAUGAUGGGUAUCUCAGUUGCCUCGGCAGCUACGAGAGAUGACGAACUUGAGGCUCUCUUCACCCGGCUCGCUACCGAAGGCAUGGUAGCACAUGACGUCUCGGGGGAUGAACUGACGAAAACACAUAUCCGCUACUUCAUGGGUGGACGCUCGAGUGCACCGGAUGAGCGGCUCUUCAUGUUCAAUUUCCCAGAACGCCCGGGCGCUCUAUUCAAGUUCCUGCACCUGAUGCGGCCCGGUCAGAACAUCUCCCUCUUCCAAUACCGCAACGUCGGCGGCGAUAUUGCCAAGAUCCUGGUCGGCAUACAGUGCCCAGGUAGCGAGAGGGACGAUCUGAACUCAUUCUUGAAAGAGAUUGGAUAUCCCUAUUCGGAGUGCACCGACAGCGCAGUUUAUAAGACCUUCUUGAGGGACUAG